AUUUAAAUAAAAAAUAAAAAAAAUCAUUUUGACUCUUUUUUUUUAAAGCUUCUUUCUUCUUUUUUUCUCUGAAAUCUCCCCUGAAUCCAGCCACUGGGCCAUCGGCGCUCCGCCGUGACCACUGGUCAUCAGCGACGGCAACCGUCGCCUUUGGUGGCUGGAGUUGUAAAAAAAAAACCCUUUUUUUAUUUUCGUUUCGCGGAGAACCCGAAUCUAAGGUCGAAAUCCCUAAAUUCGGCAAAAUUCGAAAAUGCAAAAAGAACCUUUUGGUUCCCGGUCCUCCUUUGACUCGGCCUUUCGGCGAAUCCCUAAGGAUUCGACAGUCUUUCAAGCUAGAGGGGAUAUCGACAGUGGCAACAAAGGUCACGAUGGUGGUCAACGACGAUGGAAGUCACACCCUUGCCAUUUUGGUGAAACGAUGGCUGCCAUUUUGGUGAAACGAUGGCAAGAGAGGUAGUCCCCAAGCUUCGCAUCCGCUGACAUGGUUAGGGGCAGCAGCGCAUAGGGGAUCUAUGGUUUUCAAUUUUUCUAAAAAAAGGUUUUGCAUAAUAAUCCAAGUUGCAAGGAAAGUGAUAUAAGAUGCAAGAAGAGCAAAGCGAGUUUCGACACUGGGAUCAACUACCUCCUGAUGUAUUGGGGUUGAUCUUCACCAACCUGUCGCUACAAGAGUUACUGACAGUCAUUCCCCCUGUCUGCAAAUCCUGGAGUAAGGCAGUCACGGGUCCCUAUUGUUGGCAAGAUAUAGAUCUUAAUGAAUGGAGCUGUCGCUGCCAGCCCCACCAGCUCGAUCGGAUGCUUCGGAUGCUAGUCACAAGAAGCAGUGGAUCUCUCCGCAACCUACAUGUUUCAGGUCUUCUGAAUGAUUCCAUUUUCUCAUUCAUCACAGAGAAUGCUGGCUCCCUUCAGGUUUUACGAUUGCCGCAUAGUAAAAUAAGUGAUUCAAUAGUAGAACAAACCGCCCAAAGGCUUUCCACCGUCACUUUCUUGGAUUUGAGUUACUGUCGCAAAAUUGGUGCCCAAGCUAUAGAGGCCAUUGGAAAGCACUGCAAACUUCUUGUAACUCUGUGCCGCAACAUGUACUUUCUGGAUUCAGCAGGCAAGGACGAACCGGAGGAUGAGGCGAAUGCAAUAGCAGCUACAAUGCCAAGGCUAAAGCAUCUUGAGUUGGGUUGCCAUAAUAUCAGCACUGAAUGUGUUCUCAACAUCAUCUCUAGCUGUCCUCAGCUUGAGCAUUUGGAUAUAAAUAGUUGCUUGAGUGUGAACCGUGAUCGUAAGUUCUUUAAAGAAAAGUACCCAAAGCUAAAGAUUGUGGGACCUCAUGAAGAGAAGAUGUUUAAAGAGUUUGGGAACUUAGAAUUUACAUUUAUUGAUCACGACUUCUUAUACGAUGAUGAUUUCUUCCAAUCAAUGAUGGAUGAUGUUAUGGAAGAACUUGCUGGAUGAUUACGUGAAAAUGGUGGAAUGUUAGAUUAGUUGGCUGCAUCUCCAUAGGGGAUAUUUCUUUGUGUCCAUGCUGCUUCAGCUAUAUCUUCCUGUUGUAGUUCACAAAGAAAGAUGCUUCCAACUACUGAACCAUGUUCAUGUUACAUUAUCAUCUAUUUUUCAAUAUGAAGUUGUUGUGGUUUGGAGAUUCUAUUAAAA